CCAAGAUCGGGUCAAAAGACGUGGUAGCGCAAUGGACGUGCGAAGACAAAUGACGUCGUCGCUCCAGAUCAAGGAGAUCAUCGUGGACAUGGAUGGCCAGCGGUGCGUUGCGGGAGAGCUUGUCGUGUACCAUCCAGUUCGUGACAGCAUUGUGUCUGUCACGUCAAUCUCCCUUCAAGAAAUCGAUGCGCGCACGGGCGUACUCAUGGGUGAAAUUGCAUUUGACGGGUCGUUGCUUGGUGACUCCAAACCCAAUGCAUUCGAGUGCGUCGUCGCGUGCGGGCACAAGUACAUUGUUGCCGCGUUGUCCAGGUAUCUUGUCAUUUGGGACCUGCGAGACAUGGUCCUCGCGCACGUCGCGGAAGUGGCGGUCGCAGGCACCAUGUCUCAGAAAACCAAGCAUCUUUCCGCGCUCACGGCAUCCACGGACAUGGAGGCCACGCUCUUCUUCGCGCACGAAGGAAGCCAAAGCAUUAAAGUCGUUUCUGUCGACGCAUUACUGAAUGGAUCCUCCACUGGCAUGCGCAAACUGCCCCGAAAGGCCGCCACGCGAAAUUCCACCAUCACCGUCUUGGCCUACCACACCGCACAUGCCUUGCUCGGGUGUGGGGCGUCGGACGGCACAGUGCAGCUGUGGAGAUGUUCGGACGCCAGCAGUAGCGACGGUGCCACCGGCGCGACGGCAGCUGACCCGUCGACGUCGGGCGAAGCGGAACUUGUGCAUGACCUCGUGGUGACAUUCAAUGCCAAGCAGGUGCCGCCGGCGUCCUCGGUGUCGGCUGUCCACUUGCACUCGACGGCACCCGACGACCUUCACGUCGCCGUCUCCUACACUUCCAAGCACGUCGACGUCUAUCACCUCCACGGCCGUCCGCUACGUCCUUCGUCAUCGACUGAUCCCAUCGGCAGCAUCGCGUUGCCCCACGGGUUAACAUUUGCCAAGAGGCAGUCGGUUUGGUUUGGCCCAGCUCGGGAUACCCUUGUGGUCGUGCUAGAUGAUUUAAGCACCUCGCGCACGUCGGUGCUCCACCUCGUUCACUUUGGAGAUGGCAUCGGUCGCUUUGGGACGCCGCUGGAGCUGCCUCUACUCGGCCCAUCCGACCCCACGGCGUUUGUGGCCGUGUGUGGCUCGGCGGCAUUGUACACGUCCACAACCGCCGCGCGGUCGCUGGCGUGCCUAGGGUUUGCAGACGACGAGCCCGUGGACGUUGUGACGCUGCCGGCGUAUCAUCACCAGUGGAGCAUAAGAUUACCUCUUUCGUUUGGCCAGUAUUGCCACCCCGAGACCCUCCCCGACCGACUUGUCCAGCUGUCGUGGACUCCCGACUUGAAUCGGUUCGAGGUGGCCGUGGUAUCUCUCAAAACGAAUGAGCGGCUGCCGUCGUCGUUUGGAGCUGUGCCGUCCACCCUGGACAACCACCCUGUGACACCGUUGCGGGUGCUGGCAUCGCCGGAUUUGUCCGUCGUGGGGGUCCUCCUCCAGUCAACGUCGGGGUCCGUCGCGGUGCUUGUCACAUCUGCCGACUCGUCCGUCGUGUAUGACGUGGCAGACGCGUGCUUUGCGCCCUCCGGUCACCUCGUUACGCUUGUGCCAUCCCGAAGGAGCGUCCGGUGGCACCAAGAUGUGCACGCCGCCGAACCCCACGGCGCGUCCUUCCCCCUUCCCGUCGCCGCCGAUCGCAUCUUUGCCACCCGCCUGCCCAUGCCCGACGCUCCGGACAUGUACAAAGUGCUGUUUGUAAUUCACGACACAACCCACGAUACACUGCGAUUGAGUGACCACACGCUGGCGUUUGCAGCCGACUCGGCCAUGACGUGGAACGCCCACAAGAACGAACGGGUGCUCGACGUGCAGAUGGAACCGUCGACAACGCAAGGCCAGCCGCACAAUAUGGCGGUGCUCACAACGCAUCGCAUUGUGAUUUUGGACCCGUCGAUGGUGUCGGUGGCCUGUUUCACCCCGUCGAAUCCGUUGGCCAUGACGCCAGUGUCCAUGUUGUGGAUUGGGUCGGCCAUUGCAUUUGCCACGGGAGGCGGGGCGUUGUACUAUUUGCCGACGCAGAAAGAUGGAGCAACUUCGCCCACGUUGCUGUGCGCGUUGGCCAAGCCAGGUCUAGACUUUUCGUCGAUCCAGCUACUCGCGUGUAUGCCUGAUCGGGUCGUGUACUCGGUGAGGCCGGUCGAUGGUGUCGUGACGACACUGACGCGGCCGUUCUCGGUGCUCGAAGUGUUUGCGUUGAGCCAGGAUGACUUGGAUUUAACUAGGCAAUUUGUGCAUCGAGAAGUGGACAGUGCGCCGAUUGUGCCCGUGAGCCAUCGGCUGAUUGCCGAUUUGGCCAGUCGUGACCCAGAGCUGUGCCUCGUGGCGCUCUCUCCGCCUGCCACGUCAUCCACGACCGGAAGCAGCAGCUCCUUUCGAUCGACGUCGCACGUCGCCACGUCUGUCGUGUGCGGGCUGCUGCUCGCCGUGCACCGGUGGAAAGACGCGUUCUUGCAUGCUUUGGUUGACGAUCCCGGGCUCCAAGAAUAUGCAAGGGACCCGGUGGGGGCGAGUGGGGCGCAGUUGCCCCAGCGGUCGAGUGGCACUUCGAGCCAUCUCUGUCAUUUGGGUCGAGUUCUGGAACGGUUUGGGCAGUUUGGAACGGCCGGCCAAUGCUAUGACGUGGCAGGCCACGACCAUGCGUUGAUUCAACUAGUGUUGAAGAGUGGCGCCGCCGACGCCCUGGACGUUCUCGUGCACGCGUUUCGAUCAUCCAACAGCGCGCUGGUCGUGGCGGCUUUGACUGCGCGAGUCGCCGACAACCCGCCGAAGUCGGACCCGUUCCGCCUCCUCUGCACCGAACACGUGCCCGUAGAAGACCGGCGCAGUCGCCUGCUGCCGGCAGCCACGUCCAUUUUGCGCGAUGCGAAGCUCCAUUGUAAUCCAGGUCCUGCCGUGGAAUGUAUGUGGAAGUACUUUACGUGGCGUCGGCUCUUGCCCGAAGACGCCAGCGACUGGAUCGGCAGCCCCCACGUGCAUUACGCCGCCGAAGAUUUCAAGCUGCCGCCGCGCUGCCGGCAUGUGGCGGCGGGGAAACUGAGUGUGGACACACACAUCGACGACAGCAGCGGGGUAGCCGCUCCGAGCUCGACAGCAUCGAUCGGUCCGUUCCUGGACGAAGAAGAUGGCGUCGUCGCGUACUGGCGGUUUGAAGACGGCGCCAACAACGCCAGUGUCGCAGAUGGCAUCCAGUUUGUCGACACAUCCAAGCGAGAAAACCAUCUCACAGUACAACAUCUUGAUCUGGUCCUAUCCACGGCGCCCGUGGAUCGAGGCGAAGAGGCCAAGUUGCCGCCGGAGUAUGCCCUUCGGUUUCUGUCCCCCAACACGAUGCACGGGUGCGGUACGGUCGAGGUCAAGAAGGGGUCGAGUUCCCUCGACGUUGGAGUCGCGUAUGACGAAGAUCCGUACAGACGAUGUCUCACGGUGGAAAUGUGGGUGAAACCUGCUGCCGACUGGGGGGGGUGUACGGGCACGCUCAUGCGGCGGGAGACGCCGGCGGUCGUGCUGUGGGAGUUUGGGCUCGACGGCGGGGCCUUAGUGUUUACCCUGCUGGGUCAAACGGUCAAGAGCUCGCCGGUCCCAUUCUCAGCCGAGGACACGUGGCAGCAUGUGGCGGCAGUGGUCGACAUUACAAGCGAAGUCAGAGCCUCGGUUCGAUUGGCAGUCGGUGGGGCCCUCGUCGUGACAAAAGAGGUGACGAUUACUAGUAGUACUAGUACUGGGGACAUCAUGUCGACGGUGGUCGUGGGGCCGCAGUUGACUGGCAUGGACAUGACCGAGAUCCGUAUCUGGGCGACGCCGCGGUCCGCGCAGCAGCUCCGCGACAUGAAGGACACGUACUUGACCAUGGCCGAGUCCAAGAAGCGCAUCAAGAUGAAGAUCCACGACCGCGACUGCCAGUGCGCGAAAUGCCUCGGGCGUCGCCAGAAUACACCGAUUGCCAAGCUCGCGAUGGUGCAGCCGCUGGCGUCUCUCACUCCCACCAGUCGCGACCGCCGCCAGCGCAUGAAGACGCCUAAGAGCGAAGAAACGCGAACGUAAUGGACAUGAUGUUGGAUGAUGAUGCGUGUCCUUGGACGAGAUCCAACGUCCUAUCGAGGCUAUAAAAGAUUAAUUGACAAUUAACGCCGAGUUUGCAA